CGUACAAUUAAUCCACUUAUACGCUCUGGGUCAUUUGUUAAUCAAGAAUGGUUGAUAAGACUAUUUCCCUUGUUACGCUUAGCACGUUUUAUCGAGCUAAUUAGAGGCUCAUUAACGUCUAGACCGAAAGCGAUAAGUUAAUCGCGUUCCCAAAACGUUUUCGCAGAGGCGUGCCUAUCGCAACUCUCAAGCGAUUAAUUACCGAUAUAAAAGCAAUUAUAUACUCGGCAUAUUAUUUGGGAAUAACUUUUUCACUUAUUUUCUUUUCACUUUAUUGUAAUUUUGAAUAAGCUUAAAAUCUGCGUAUAGAACACGGAGAUUCAAAGAUGCAAAGAAAACGCAUCUAUGGAAGAAAAGAAUUUUACUUUACUGAAGAUUACCACAAUUUUGAUAAAUACAAUAAUUGUUUUACGAUAUUUCCUAUAAUAUGCAUUUCUUCAUACUGUGUAUUUAUUAUAGGUGCACGCAAUGUAAUUGAUUUUACAUGCGCAAAUAUUUUGCAUGUACCAUGUGAGCCACGACCGGCUGACCCACAUUUUUCAUCUUCCUCGUUUAUCAAGUGCAACUUGAGCUUAUCACUUAUCCGUUUCCUUUUAGAGGUAGAUAUAUAAAAGGCUGUAUUCUGAUCCGCGACUUUUAAAAGUGUUACUUACCUCACACGCUUCGUCAAAAGGACAAGUAAAACUUUUUCUGGCACGUGGACACGAAGUUACAUCGCGCUGGCAUCAUGAUGCCGUUGCGGGUACUCGGGUUAUUCGUGCUGAUUAUCAUUGCGAGCAAUAUAAGACAAGGAUAUGGAUAUUCGGAGGAUAUGGACGCGCAAGAAGCAAAUGAGGAGAAGGACACGCUGAACGAUGCGCCAGAUUCAGUAAUCAACAAUUUCAACAAUGUUAAGAGCAGCAAAGGAGGAAGACGCGCGUUCGCAGGUGGUUGUAUACGUAGACCAAGCACGCCUGUAAACGGCAAGAUAAAAUGUUCUCCGGACAGCGGUUGUACCGCAAGUUGCGCGUCGGAUUACAAAUUUCCGAACGGCGCGCUUCAUCUGACAAUUACUUGCGUCGAUAAGGAAUGGCACAUUGCCGGAACCGAGUGGAACUCGAUACCACAUUGCGAACCGAUCUGCAUGCCCGAGUGUCAAAAUAAUGGGAUAUGCGUUGCGCCUCAUCAAUGCGACUGUCCCAAACACUUCGCCGGCCCGCAGUGCCAAUUCGAAGAUAGACCGUGUCUGAAUUAUUCCCCGCCCGUGCUCAAUUCUUAUAAAAGAUGUAAUUCAAAAACGUGCACCAUAUCAUGUAUGGAUCAUUUUACUUUUCCUGACGGUUCGUCGGUCGCUAAUCUGAUCUGCAAGAACGGCAAUUGGAUGCCUACCAGAAGCGACUGGGUCUCAAUUCCGGAUUGCGAACCUGUGUGCGAUCCACCCUGUCAAAACGGUGGCAAUUGUCUGCCAAUGAAUGCAUGCCAAUGUCCGCAGGAUUAUCGGGGACCUCAGUGCCAAUAUUCUGCCGAUGUUUGCAAUGCCGAGAAGCUACACUUCAACGGUGGGUAUCACUGCAGAGAUUCCGGCGACGCGUAUUCCUGCACACUAUACUGUCCACCGGGAGUAAACUUCGAGUCUCCAGCUUCCUCGGUUUACACUUGCACCUACGACAAGGGGACCUUCGAGCCGCAGCCCAUACCGCAAUGCAAGGUCGAGAGUAAUAUCAAGAUUAUCUCGCACGGCACCUUUCACAAUACCUACGUACGGGAAUCAAAUUACUCCUGGUCGAUGGAAAAUGUUUACGAUGCCAAGUUAAAGCACUCUCAGGAGACUUAUGACGAAAAUUACAGGAUCCACGGCAGUAAUGCGUCGUAUCCAAUUCAAUUCGACGACUAUACUCGCGACGGUCGCGUAAUGGUAUUUGAGAUGAGCCGCUCGAGACCGAAGACGUGCUUCACCUGGGGAGGCGCGCACUACAAGACCUUCGACGACAGAGUCUACAGCUUCGACAGCGAUUGCUCGCACACGCUUCUCCGAGAUACGCAAGACGGCGUUUGCACAAUCGUGGCGUUGAAUGGUCCGGGCUGCCAAACCGGGUCGGAUCGCCGUUGCUCCAAGAUCGUGAAGCUGUUCGUGCACGACAAGAAGUACGUGCUCGCCAGCGACGACGCAGGUCUGCCGAUGUUCUCCAACGACAAACGAUCGCUGCCGAUACCGGUGUACCUGCCUGGGUUGCGCGUGGACAAGUCCGCGCAUUUCGUCCUCGUCUCCCUCGACUCGCUGGGCGUGAAGCUGAAGUGGGACGGCGCCUCGCUACUGCAGAUUGAGGCUUCCGAGAGUUUGUGGAACAAAACGGCUGGUCUGUGCGGUACCAUGAAUGACGAUCCGAACGACGAAUUCUUAAUGAAGAGCGGAAGUCACGCUGGAACUGUACCGGCGUUCGCAAGUUCUUGGCGCGUCGAAAGUUUCGAAGAACCAUGCGACGACUAUCCGAGCGUGCGACACGCGUGCAAGUCGAGAGACGAAUUUGCUCGCGAUGCCGUCCAGUUCUGCGACAAGUUGCUCUCCAACCACAAAUUCAAGGCUUGCGCCGAGACGAUCAUUCUUUCCGAGCUGACCGACGCAUGCUUGUGGGAUUAUUGUGCGUGCAAACACGACGAUAGAAGGAAAUGCGCCUGCAAUACCAUGGAUGUUUAUAUCCGCCAGUGCGCCCACAAGGGAGUCGCGCAGUUGACCGCGUGGAGAAACGAUGAUACUUGUCCGAUUGUCUGCGACGGUGGACGAGUGUAUAUGUCGUGCGGUCCAAAGGUUGAAGCGUCCUGUUCUUCCGGUAUCGAAGCGACGAGCGAGAGUCCCGAGUGCGAGGAGGGCUGUUUCUGUCCGGCGGGCACCUUGGAGCACCAGGGCAAAUGCGUCUCUCCGGAGGAAUGCCCGUGCAAAUUGAGAGGCAAACUGUUCCAACCAGGCACGAGCGUGCCGAAGGGCUGCAACACUUGCACGUGCACCUCCGGCAAGUGGGUGUGCACGCAAAUACGAUGCGGUGCCAGAUGCGCCGUCCUGGGCGAUCCGCAUUACACCACGUUCGACGGCAAGCACUACGACUUCAUGGGAAAGUGCAAGUAUUACUUGAUGAAGGGAGAAGAUUAUACGAUCGAGAGCGAAAACGUCCCGUGUUCCGGAGCGAUAUCCGAGAAUAUGGGCUUUGCCGCUGCAGACUCUCCGUCAUGCGUCAAGACCGUUGCAAUCACUUUCAGGGAUACGUCGAUAAAGUUAAAGCAGAACCAUCAGGUCGCGAUAAAUGGUGACGAGAUAACGAAAUUCCCGACGCUGUUCGACGGUGUCCGAAUACGAAUUGCGAGCAGCAUAUUCAUGGUGAUUCAUCUGCCGAAUGCUUUGGAAUUGUGGUGGGACGGUGUGUCGCGCGUUUACAUAAACGCUCCCGCUGAAUUCCAUGAUCGAACGAGAGGACUUUGCGGGACGUUCACCGAAAAUCAAAAGGACGAUUUUGUAACGCCUGACGGUGAUGUUGAGCCCGCGGCAAUCGCCUUCGCCAAUAAAUGGAAGACAAGUGAAUAUUGCGUCGACAAGUCCGAGAGCGAACCGACACAUCCCUGCGAGCUAAAUCCUCAGAGGCGAGCGACCGCGGAGGAGCACUGCUCCAAGAUACACAGCGACAUUUUCUCAGAUUGCCACUGGUACGUCGAUCCGACGGAAUUUUACCGAGACUGCAUGUACGACAUGUGCGCGUGCGACACCGAUGUAAAGUCAUGCCUCUGCCCCAUAUUGGCAGCAUAUACGAAAGACUGCGCGGCGCUGGGCGUGAAACUUUCGUGGCGUGCCGAGAUCGGCGAGUGUAAAAUCCACUGCAGUGGCGGCCAGACCUAUCAAAUCUGUGGAAACAGUUGCACGAGAUCAUGCGCGGACAUCUCCUUUUACCGGGAUUGCAAACAGGAGUGCGUGGAAGGUUGCAACUGUCCAGACGGCCAGACGAUAGACGUGAACGGCGAGUGCGUCCCGAUCGCUCAGUGUCCUUGUAUGCACGCGGGUCGCGAGUACAAGCCUAAUCAUCGAGAAGUCCGUCCGGGCAACAAGGGACAAGAGUUUUGUUCUUGCAUAGGCGGCGUAUGGGAGUGUCGGUUGGCAACGCCAGACGAGAUUCGGGAUUAUCCGCCGGUCACGGAACUGCUUUCCGUUUGCCAGGCCAGCAAGCAUCUGGAAGUGACGGACUGCGAGCCAGUGAAGCAGAGAACUUGCAGCAACAUGCACAUACAGAGCGACCAAACGCCAUCGGUCUGCACGUCUGGUUGCAUCUGCAAAUCCGGAUAUGUCCUGAACGCGCCGAACGGUGCGUGCAUCAAAGAAGAGGACUGUCCCUGUCAUCACGGCGGAAAGAGCUAUAAGCAAGGCUCGGUCAUACAGGCCGAGUGUAAUACUUGCACGUGCGAGGACACCAAGUGGAAGUGCACGGACCGAAUUUGUGCAGGAGUCUGUUCUGUGUGGGGCGAUUCGCAUUACAAAACAUUCGACGGGAAAACGUACGAAUUCCAAGGUGUAUGCGACUAUGUCCUAGUGAAAAGUGUGCUGAACAAGGAAGAUUGUUUCGACAUCUCGAUUCAGAACGUACCCUGCGGUACAAAUGGAGUCGCGUGCUCGAAAUCGAUCAAGCUCACGGUUGGCAGUGGCGAACAACAGGAAGAGCUCGUUUUGACAAAAGGGAAAGCGCUACCUAAGGGGUCUUUUAAGAGAAUGUCGAUAAGGCUCGCUGGUCUCUUUGUAUUUGUCGACGUGCCGGAUUUAGGAUUGGUGCUGCAAUGGGACAAAGGUACCAGAGUCUACGUAAGAUUAAAUCCGGAAUGGAAGGGCCGCACGAUGGGUCUGUGCGGCGACUAUAACAACAACGCCGAGGACGACUUUAAGACACCAUCCGGCGGGAUAUCCGAGGCCUCCGUCAAUCUGUUUGGGGACUCGUGGAAAAAGGAUACGUUUUGUCCGGAACCGAAGGACAUGCAGGAUGAUGCCUGCGAGCAACAUCCAGAACGUAAGCUGUGGUCGCUGCGGCAAUGCGAUGUGCUCAAGUCACCGUUAUUCUCGCCGUGUCACUCGGAAGUGGAGGUCGAGUCGUAUCUGCGCAAUUGCAUCUUCGACACGUGCAGCUGCGACGCCGGUGGCGACUGCGAGUGCCUGUGCACGGCGUUAGCCGCGUACGCGCACGAAUGCAACCUGCGAGGUGUCCCCGUGAAAUGGCGUACGCAAGAGCUCUGUCCGUUACAGUGCGACGAGAAGUGCAGCACGUAUUCGCCCUGCGUCUCGACCUGUCCACGCGAGACGUGUGACAAUUCUAUGACCGUGAAAGACGGCUCACAUCUGUGCGCGGAGGACACGUGCGUGGAGGGCUGCCAGUUCCAGCCUUGUCCCGAGGGCCAGGUCUACCUAAACGCCAGUUACACGGAGUGUGUAGCCAGAUCCGCGUGCGCGAAACCUUUUUGCGCCGAGCUCAACGGAGUGACGUACUACGAGGGUGAUAGAGUCAGCGGCGACGAUUGUCACAGCUGCUUCUGCAGUCGCGGCAGAGUGACCUGCAAGGGAGAAGCUUGUACCACCAUCGCCGUCACCGCUGUUACUACCGCCGUGCCCUUGGCAGAGCCCCAGAAAUGCGUCGACGGCUGGACCACGUGGAUCAACAAGGAUCCAAUGGUGAAAGGGAAGAAGUUCUCAGACGUAGAGCCGUUGCCCGAUUCGAUGGACCUCGCCAACGCAAACGGUCUCGCAGUUUGCGAUAGGAAGCACAUAGUUGACAUAAAAUGCAGAUCCGUCAAGGGACACCUGAGCCCAAAGGAGACCGGCCUUGAUGUGGAGUGCAGCCUAGAACGUGGCUUGUACUGCCAAUCGCACCCAGAUCUUCCUUGCGUGGACUUCGAGAUUAGCGUGCUGUGCCGCUGCUUCGAACCGAUUACGCACGAUGUCGAAAAUGUGAUGACAGAGAUCAGCACCGGGAGGGAACACGAUCUGGAGUGCGACGUCGCGCAACCCAAUUCGCCACACCCGACGAACUGUCAGCUGUUUUAUGAGUGCGUUUCCACACCGACGGGGCACGAACUGGUAGAAAAGUCAUGCGGUCCUGGUACUCUUUACAAUUCGGAGACCUACGUGUGCGAUUGGCCGACGGAGGUUCUGCGCGUGCGGCCAGAAUGCUCGGCUGCGUCCGGGCGAACCACGGAAGCCAGCGGGAAAAUCGAGUGGAGCAGCAGCGCCGGCAGCCACUGGCAGCACACGGUGUCGACUACGAAGAAGCUCGUAUCAAGCACCAUAAACGUGUGCGAGGACGGCGAGGCGUGGAGUGAAUGCGCGAUCCGGUGUGACAGAGCGUGCCAAUACUAUCGUCACAUCCUGCUGACGCAGGGUCACUGCGUCGAAGGUGCCGACUGCGUCUCCGGAUGCGUCCCGAACGACCGACCGACGUGUCCCUCGUACAAGUUCUGGAGAGACGGUGUCACCUGCGUGGAGGCGAGUCACUGCUCGUGCAGGUCCCACGACGGAGGCUCGGUCGCACCCGGUGCCAUCAGGAGGGAGUCCGACUGCGAGACCUGCCAAUGCAUCGAUAAUUACUACACGUGCGAUACAACUUUCUGCGAUGACAUGUCGGGUCACGAGGUGACGGCAGGGACGGGAAGGGGGCCGGAAACAACAGUUACCACGCAGCCACCGCUCAGUACAACUCAGGGAACAUCACCGGUCACCUGGCGGGCCAUCAGCGAGCAAACGAUCCUUGUACACAGCACGGUCACUCCGCCUGGGGAAUGCGAUGACGCCAGCUUCGUACCGCUGAUACAAAAUCUGCGGAAGAAAGUGACUGUCCGUACCAGCGGCAGCAGGCAGCUGUUGCUGUCCGAGGAUCUGUUGAUACAGACGGAAGGAACGAUGCUGCUACCCAAGAAGUACUGGGAACCUGAGAUGAUGGACGCGAAACAGUGGCUUGAUAUCCAGUUCAACAAACCUGAGCCGAUUUACGGCGUGAUCCUGCAGGGCAGCGUUUCCGAAGAUAAGUUCGUAACCAGUUACAAGGUGCUCUUCUCGGAGGACGGCCAGACUUUCUCGUACGUGCUGGACCAUGAAAAACAGCCGCGCGUGUUCAGAGGUCCCGUCGACAACGUCAAGUCCGUGAAGCAGAUAUUCUAUCAACCGGUCGAGGCGAGGGUCGUUCGUAUCAAUCCGCUGACCUGGCACAACGGGAUCGCGAUCAAGAUGGAGGUGCUGGGCUGUCGGGAUCACGCAAUGACCACGCUGAAGCCGACGACCUCCGAGAAGCUUCUCGUGAGUCCGGUGUGCGAGGACCCGAUGGGAUUGGACAACGGGCUGAUGGCUGUCCAACAAGUUUCUGUAUCAAGCUCGCCGCAGCUGGCCCGGCACCUUCGGUUAUCCGCGGACGGUGCGUGGCGCGCGGCUCUGGACAAUCCUCAUCAGUACGUUCAAUUCGACUUCCUGGAGUAUCGAAAUCUGACCGGAGUCACGACCAAGGGCGGCGACGGCGCUUGGACGACGGCUUACAAAAUACUCUACAGCAACGACGGGCGUCACUGGAGUCCGGUCGUCGACGAGAACGGCGACGAGAAGGUGUUCCUCGGGAAUUUCGACGCGGAGAGUCGUCGAACGAACUUCUUCGAGAGACCGUUGCACACCAAGUUUCUGAGGAUACAACCCGCCAAGUGGCACGAUCACGUCGCGUUAAAGGUCGAAAUUCUCGGCUGCUACUUGACGUAUCCGGUACCAAUGACACCGACAGCCACAUCGACGACGACGACGUUCGAUCGAGAAUGCAAUGUGUGCGACGGGAUCGAUCACGCGUCGAGCGUCGAAGGCUGCAGAUGCGAGCAGCCUCUCUGGUGGGACGGGGAGUCGUGCGUACCGAAGCGAGAGUGUCCCUGCGUGGUCGGGCAUGUUCCUUACGCGGUAGGAAGCAUGUACGAGACGGAAGAUUGCCAGCAGUGCGUGUGCUCCCUCGGCGGGACAGCCGCGUGUUCGCCGAAGAAGUGCGAGCCUUGCACGGAGCCGGACCUGCGGUCUGUUGUCGGCGAACUGUGCGCCUGUCUCUGCAAGCCUUGCCCAGCGGGCACCAGGCGCUGCGUCACGAGCGACGUGUGCAUAAACGAGGCCGCGUGGUGCAACGGUGUUCAGGACUGUCCGGAUGACGAGAUAAACUGUCCAGAGAUAACUGCCACGACACCUAUCGCGACCGAACAAUCUUCAGGAACAGUCAGACAAGAAAUCACGACCGUCGGUCCCGGUCCUCAAGUUAGUCCGUUGCCGUGCGAGGAACCGAUUUGUCCACCCGGUUACAGAGUAGUUUUCAAAAAGACGUCUCAGCUGCAAAAUAAGCCGCGGCACAAUGUUAAGACUAAUGUAAAAUCCAGAGGUCACAAAGCUUUCGCAAAGACAAAGGGGCACAAGAAACGCCCAUUCCACGAGCGUCCGAUGGAGGAUCAGGCUCAACUAGCAACAGAAAACAUCCAGUGCCCCGAGUUCAUUUGCGUGCCCACUAAAGCCCCCGUCUACCCCGGAGAGCAGAAGCCGGAAACGUGUCCAGAGGCGUUUUGUCCGCCGCAGUACGAGGUGGUGUACGAAAAGAUGAGUAUGUACAAGAUGCACAAGUGUCCUAAGUACGCCUGUCGGCCGUUGUCACCGCAGGAGGCAAUCUGCAACGUCACGGGCAGAACGUUCAACACGUUCGACAACAUGGAGUACAAGUACGACGUCUGCAAUCACAUUCUAGCCCGGGACAUGUAUGGCAACGAGUGGUACGUAACGCUGGAGAGGCUGUGCGUCGACGCGCGGUCCUGCACGCGGGUCCUGGCGGUGAUGCUGAACGAGCGCGCGAUCGUGCUCUAUCCGGAUCUGCACGCGGACAUUGACGACCACACCUUCACGGCCGAGCAGAUUGCGCGGCUCGGAAAUCGACUGCCCGGUUUCGAGCUUUCGCGCACGGGCGACAAGCUCGUCUUCAUCUCGCAUCGCUACGGCUUUUGGGUGAUCUGGGACUCGGGCACCAACGUGAAGAUCGGCGUCGCCGCUAAACUGGCCAAACGCGUGGACGGCCUGUGCGGAUACUUCGACGGCGACACCACGAACGACCGCCAGACACCCGAGGGUACGCAAGCGAGGAGCACCGUCCAGUUUGGAGAUAGCUGGGCGAUGGAAGACGCGGAAUGCGAUCUGCACGUGUGUCCGCGUGACGUUCAGGAGCAGGCUUGGGCAAUCUGCAACUCCGUGAGGAGUCCGAUGCUAUUGGACGCGUGUUCCGCAGUCGUCGACGUCGACAGGUUCGUGUCUUGCUGCAUAGAGAGCAUGUGCUCUUGUCUACACGCUACAAACAGCUCUUACGAAGACUGCCGGUGCCGUCUGUUGACGAGCUUUGUCGGCGAGUGCGAAGCCGCCGUCGGUCCUGGCGCCGAUCAGUUGUCGGAUUGGAGAACCGCUUACGAUUGUCCCGCGAACUGUCCGCCGCCGUUCGUCCAUCGGGAUUGCUUCCGCAGCAAAUGUGAGAUCACCUGCGACAAUCUGCAUGAGGUGGAACCGUGUCCGCCGAUGCGGGGCGUUUGCUUCCCCGGCUGCUUCUGCCCGGACGGCCUGGUGCGACGAAACAACGAGUGCGUGCCGCCAGCGCAGUGUCGGGACUGCGUGUGCGAUGGCCUUGGCGAUGCCAAAUUCAUCGGCUUCAAUCGCAAGGACUUCAGAUUCGCCGGCAAUUGCACUUACCUGCUUUCAGGGAACGUGGUGGAGAACGCGGGGAGUCCGGACAGGGCUCGCGCGUAUCAAAUCCUGCUCACCAACGGAUAUUGCGUUACCGGCACGUGCACAGAGGCGAUUACGCUGCUGUACGAGAAGCACGUGGUGCAAAUCAAGCGUGCGGAACACUCGAAGGAUCUGCGGGUGGCGAUUGACGAUUCCCAAGUGGAGAAGUUCCCGCACAACCGCACAUGGAUUGUCCUGGAUCAAGUGUCCGUCGGAGAUGUGACUCUGCUCAUACCGUCGAUCCAAUUGGAACUCGUUGCCUUUCAACAGACCUUCGCGUUUACCUUGAAACUUCCUUCGCAUAUCUUCAGCGAUGAUACCGAGGGUUUGUGCGGUAGCUGCAACGCCGAUGCCGAAAGUGGUUUCGAGAAGCGUGAUGGGGAGAUGACCGACGACGUCGAGGAGUUUGGCAGAUCCUGGCUAGUCGAGGACGCAGUCCUCGCGUCAACGCAGUUGAGUCUGAAUCAGAUUCCAUACGAUCAGACGUGUUCCAGCAAUCGUCAACCUCAGUGUACGCCACCGCCAGCGGAAGAGGAUCUGUGCAAGAAGCUCCUAGAUUUAGCGGCUUUCAAGCAAUGCUACAGCAUUGUCGAUCCAAAACCAUAUUUAGAUUGUUGUCACGAUGCGUUAUGCACCGGCGGAAACUACUGCGACAGCCUAGAGAUGUAUGCGAGGAAGUGUUCGGAAGCUGGCCUAUGCCCGGAUUGGAGGACCGAUGAAAUCUGCCCUUACGAAUGUCCUAAGAAUCUUGUCUACCAAGCAUGCGGAUCCAGCUGCAAGGAAACGUGUGAUACCAUAAACGAUUCGAACAAUCUUAAGUGCGCAUCCGCUCCUGUCGAAGGAUGCUUUUGCCCGGUGGAUCACGUGUUCUACAACGAUUCUUGCAUACCAAAGAAAGAUUGUUUCGUCUGCGACAAGGACGGUCACGUGCAGGGUGAUAUCUGGCAUCCGGACAAAUGCACCGAAUGCAACUGCAAUGACGGGGUUGUGAACUGCCAAACGAUGGAGUGUCCUGUAUUGGACACGAUCUGCGAGGAAAAUAUGACGCCUGUACUUAUCAAUGGAACGGAGGAGAGAUGUUGCGCCAAAUAUCUGUGCGCUCCAAAGCCGACAGCGCCUACAAUAUGUGUUGAGUCACAGGAGCCGGAAUGUGGCUUUGGCCAGACAAUGAAGGCGAUUAUCGACGCUGAUGGUUGCCACAAAUUUAUAUGUCAAUGCCUGCCUGCAAGCGAAUGUCCCGCUUUCGACAAUUUUACAAACGAAAUUGAGCAACUGCAACCUGGUUUCACACACGUAAUGAAUACAUCCGGCUGCUGCCCGCGACCAACAAAAAUAUGCGAUCCGAGAACCUGUCCGCCUGCACCGAACUGUCCCGAUUACUACAACGCUGUUUCGACGAUGCUCGUAGAUAGUUGCUGUCCCACUUACGAAUGUGUACCUCCGAAGGACGUUUGUCUUUAUAUCAAUAACGAGGAACAACGAGUGGUAGCGAAGAAAAUUGGCGAAGAAUGGAAGGAUGGUAAAUGCACAACGUGCGUGUGCGAGAGUUCGCACGAUGGUCCUAAAGCUGACUGUUUAGUCACGGAAUGCUCAAGUAUGAGCGUACAUCCUGAUAUAGACGAUUAUGUAUUGGAAGAAAUACUGCUGGAUGACAAAUGCUGUCCAAUCUUCGAGCGUACUGCCUGCAGAUGGAAGGGCAAAAUAUACAAUGUUGGCGAAAGUUGGAAGCCCAAUACUGCGGACGCUUGUCUCACGAUGCAAUGUGACAAAAAUUCGGGUGGUAUUCAGGUAUUAAAUAAGGUCCAAGAGUGCAACACCGCUUGCGACUAUGGCUACAAGUAUCAAGAGCCUAAUGACAUAAGUGUUAGUUGCUGCGGCACGUGUAUCCAGGUUGCAUGCAUUGUAGAAGGCACGCUUAAAAAUAUAGGAGAACAUUGGUACUCGGACGAUCGUUGCACAACGUAUCUGUGCGAAUCCGCAAAUGGAAGUGUGUAUCUACAAGCGAGUACCGAGACGUGCCCGGAAAUCGAUCCGGAAUUGGAAUCCGAAUUCGAGAUAGAAGCGCGCAAAAUUCCAGGAAGAUGUUGCCCGGAAAUUGUUAAGACAGCUUGUCGCGACGACGGAAAAUUGUAUAAACCUGGGGAAACGUGGAAGUCCCUUACGGAUAGCUGCGUCAUUGAGACGUGCGUGGGUGGCGCAAAUAUAACGAAGCGCAAAGAGUUCGAAGUGUGUUCAAAACAGUGCGCUCAGGGAUGGUCGUACCAGGAGCCAGAAGAUGGUAAAUGUUGCGGGGAAUGCAAGCAAGCGUUUUGCGUGCUUGGGGACACUCUAUACGCGCCUGGCAUGACAUGGUCGUCCGAUGAUAAUUGCACCACUUACACGUGUAUGGAAACUAACGAACAGCUAUCUAUCGCUGUGAGUCCAGCUGCUUGCCCAGACGUAGCAGAUUGCCCUGAUAAUUUGAUUUAUCACGAUCGAUGCUGUAACCGAUGUAACGUGAGCGUUAACAUAAAAGAUCAACUCAAGGAAUCAUGCAAGACAGUCCCCGUGGAUGCGAGCAGUACAGUAGGCAUGCUGAUUGUAAGCCACCCGUUACACGGAAAUUGUAAAAAUGUGGAUGCUAUCGCGGGUGUUACACAAUGCGGCGGGUCAUGUCAGUCUUCAACGUUCUUUGACAGUGAAAAUUGGAGUCAAGUAAACGACUGUCAGUGCUGUCAAGUAAAGGAAUACAUGGGCGUCGUUGUCUAUUUAAUAUGCGAAGACGGCAGAAAAUUGAAGAAGCAGUUGGUAGUACCGCGUUCUUGCUCUUGCCAAAAUUGCGCUUCCUUGGGCAUUAAAAACGAAAGUAAGAAGACAAAGACCAAGGGUUGAUCUGCAAAGAAUAUAUGCCGACUUGGUCACAUUUAUUCGUUAUUCACACACACACAUGUAUCUUUAAAUAAUAAACUGUUCUUGUAUUUCAAUACGCAAAGCAAA